GGGGCUUCAGGGACCGCAGCUCGCGAAGCCGGCCGGCCGGACCCGCCAGCAAAACCCACCCUCCCUAGGCACGAUGAGGCUGCUGGAGCGGGCGAGGAAGGAGUGGUUCAUGGUCGGGAUAGUGGUGGCGAUCGGCGCCGCCAAGCUGGAGCCGUCGUUCGGCGUGCACGGGGGACCACUGAAGCCAGAGAUAACUGUGUCCUAUGUCGCUGUCGCCACGAUAUUCUUCAACAGUGGAUUAUCGUUAAAAACAGAGGAGCUGACCAGUGCAUUGGUGCAUUUGAAACUGCACCUGUUCAUCCAGAUCUUCACACUUGCCUUCUUCCCUGCGACAAUCUGGCUCUUUCUUCAGCUCUUGUCAGUCACAUCCAUCAACGAGUGGCUGUUAAAAGGUUUGCAGACAGUAGGUUGCAUGCCGCCCCCUGUGUCCUCUGCUGUGAUUUUAACCAAGGCGGUUGGCGGAAAUGAGGCAGCUGCGAUAUUUAAUUCAGCAUUUGGAAGUUUUUUGGGCAUUGUAGUAACUCCUGUGCUCCUGCUGCUUUUUCUUGGCUCAUCCUCGUCUGUGCCUUUUACAUCCAUUUUCUCUCAGCUGUUCAUGACAGUUGUGGUCCCUCUCAUUAUCGGACAGAUUGUCCGGAGGUACAUCAAGGACUGGCUGGAGAGAAAGAAACCCCCUUUCGGGGUGGUCAGCAGCAGCGUGCUGCUCAUGAUCAUCUACACCACCUUCUGCGACACGUUCUCCAACCCGCUCAUCGACCUGGAUGUGUUCAGCCUCAUCGUCAUACUGUUCAUAAUAGUCUCCGUCCAGCUGAGCUUCAUGCUUUUGACCUUCAUCUUCUCAACACGGAAUAACUCGGGGUUCACAGCAGCGGACACGGUGGCUAUCAUCUUCUGCUCUACACACAAGUCGCUCACACUGGGAAUUCCGAUGCUGAAGAUAGUGUUUGCAGGCCAUGAGCAUCUGUCCCUGAUAUCUGUGCCCUUGCUCAUCUACCACCCAGCUCAGAUCCUUCUGGGAAGUGUGUUGGUGCCAACAAUAAAGUCGUGGAUGGUGUCGAGGCAGAAGGGAGUGAAGCUGACGAGACCAACAGUAUGACUCGGGACUCGGCUUCCUGAAGCCGUGUAUAUAUGUACAGGCUUGUACAUACAGGGGUUCUGAGGACUUGUCCUUGGGAAUGUUGCUUUGAUGCCUAUUUUAUUUUUUUACAGAAAAAAAAUAUGAUAUACCUGUUUAAAGUGCCUUAAAAUGUUUUUGACAAGAGCGUUAUUUCCAAAACAUACUCCGUUGGUUACUUCAGGGGCCGUACAGUGUUUUAGACUUAAUUUUUUCCCUAAUGCAGAAAAAAAGUUUUAGUAAGGGACAAAAAGCUAACAGGUUUUCUUCAUACUGCCUUUUGUGCACAACAACUCCAAUAGUUACUGUAACGUUUGAAAUGAGGUCACAGCAUCCAGAAACCAUCCUCCUGGUGACAGUGAAAAAUUCCAGAGUCUCAUGCGCACACUUUGAUUCACUGCGCGGUUCUUUGUUUCUGAGACCGUGGCGUGCCUCUUUAUCAGCUCAGCGGGGGUCACAGACGAGAGAUGCUGAGAAGCACAGGGUACCUCAUUCCUUGACAUCGUCUUCUCCUGGCAUCCCUUCAAUUAGUCCCUGCACACCCCAGAAAUUCUUCAGUCCCGUCCCAAGAGUGUGGGGGAACAGCUUAAAUCUGUUAUAAGCUGCUUCAAAGAAAGCCCUGAUGUGAGUAUUGAGGUAAACACGGACUGCGGUUCCGGAGGCUUUCAGUCACAUCCCAGUUUGCUCCUCUUUCUUCCAUAAUCCCUUUGUUUCGCAUUUCACUCGCACCCUCACAACAGCCCAGCUACACACACUGAAGCGUCACAGUCCGUCGGAGAGUAGCAGUUAACAGUGAGCUGGGCUCACAUUCCACGGCGGGGACCAGGCACUUUUCCUGUUACAGUUCCAAAUUGCUCCUGUUACACCCUUUAGUUAAGCGCACUUAAAACAUUCGAGACAAUUUAUGAGUGAGAACGUCCUUUACUUGACAAAUGUUCACGACGUCUCUUAAGAAGUCAAGUCAUAUUGCCUUAGGAGUCAAAGACAAUAAAAGGUCAUGGGCGUGAGCAAAUGUUACAUGUCCACACUGCCUAGCCAGGUGGAAAGGAAGCUGGUACGGAAGACCAUGGCCAUCCAUUCCCCAGGCUCUGAACAGAACUAAGCCUGGAAUUGGGCAUCAGCCUCCAAAGGAGUCUCUGAUAUUGCCUCCAGUGGCCAGAAGAGCUCAAGCCAGACCCAGAGGGAAAACGAAGCCACGUGCUCAGUGCUGGGAGCACCUUUCCUGUGUUCCCGGAAUGCCGUCCUUUCUUGAUUUAGCAGACCGAGUUGUCGUGGGUCUCACCGAGGCCCUGCUGUUUCCUUGGCAGCUGUUAUUGGUAGUGGUGGUUUUAAUCCCACAGUGAAGUCCGAGUUCCCUGGGCUUGUGGUGGUUAGCGUGGCAUCGUGGUGCUAGCACCGGUCCUCUGUGCCAGUGUCUCAGGACCCCCUAACGCUCACUGGAGCUCUAACACUGGUUCUGGCCUUGUGAAGACCCAUGCUCAACAAGCUGAGGGCACUCUGCUGGGGAGAGGGACACAGUGAGUCUGUUUGGUAAGUGUGAGCUUGCUGCAGCAGAAAGGUUUUCACGCCUCAUCCCUGCACGCUUUCUGGGCUUUAGAGGAAGUGCCUGCCAGAGCUGUAGUCAGAAUUCUUCAUGUCAUUUGAACUGGUCUCCCCUCCAACUUAUCUACCUCUCUGUGUAACGCCUGCAGUAGGUGUGACUGGGAUAAAAUUCAACUGAAAAGGCUAUGAUAACAUUUUAUCUUUUGCUUUAAAAAUGUGUUUUGUUGUCAAAUAAUCCGAUUUAUAUCAUAAGCUUUGGUAGGUAGCUUUAGUAACCUGUCUGUGGCUACUUCUCCUUUUACACAAAUGUGAUAGCAUAUUUUUCAUAGCGAGCAAAAAAGAAAAUCAAAAUUUAUUUUAAUUUAUGCUUAUUAAGAUUCAAUUAGCAGCUUAAAAUAGUUUCCCAUGUCAAUCUCUACUGGAUACAUUUGUUUGUCCAAGUGUCUUUAUGGAAGUAAUGCAUAGGAUUAUAUUUAUGUUUACUCAUUUUCCACCGAAAAUUUGUGUUUUUCUAAUGUCUGAAAUGUUAAGGGAUAGUAAUGCAGUCUUUACACAUGUUCCAAAAUUUAAGAUUCUGUGCAUUUUUUUUUUAAUCCUUCUCUGUUUCUGUUUAAACUGACACACCUCUGGUUGAUGCUCAGUGUUUAUGCUAAAUACCAAAUUUUUUUCAAAAGGAUGGCUAAGUAAUAAAGUGGGUUAUUUAUAACGAAUGGAAAAUAAAAAAUAAUUCUAUGAUUAAACAAAGAAUACUUGAGGAAUCAC